UUUUAAUGUAACCAGCAGAAGUACGACGUCAUUUACUAAACAACUAUGGCGGCCAGCUCGAUUUUUAUACUCUAUUCUAGCCAAGUAGCUAGAUCUAUGUCAAUUUAGAACAGCUGCCAGUUUUCAUUUCGAUCAAAAGGUUACUUACAAUCUUUAAUGUCUCUAAUCGCUGUUUAAAAAACUGAAGAUGUUGAAGUGCUUGUAAUUUAGUACAUUGACAUCACUCCAUCUAGUAAAUUCAACAAUACAAGACAGGCUUUGAGUUUUCUUUGUAGACGAGGGCAAUAUCUUCAAUUCACCGCCAACAAUGGCGCUAGUCGACAGAAUCAUGGCUCUGCCAUCCCACGUAUUUAUGUUCAUCAUAGACAUCCUGAUGUACAUCUACCACUUCUUUGACAACCUAGCGCUCAAGUUUGAAGAGAAGCCCAUAUUUGGGCGCCGACAGCGGCAGCCCAACGUGGUGGUCCGCCUGAUCAAGAAGGUGAUCCAUUUCGUCCUGCUGGUCAUCGAGCUGCCCGUCUUCCUGGUGGUCUUCUUCGUCACCGCCAUCCUGCUGUCCGUCCUGGCCAUCAUCGAGACCAUCCUCAAGGCCGUCUUUGUCAAGUUUACAAUCAUCUUCGUGGUGGCGCUGAUCGCGGUAGGGGUGUACUUUGUGAUGGUCAAGCUUGGCAAGAAAUGAUCGGCCGAGCGAACAACACCCAACGCGAAAAAACAUCAACGAUUUUAAAACCAACUGCGUGCCCAAAUGUCAAAAGAGAUUCAGCUGUUUCACUCAAGAAGUCGAUCAAUACGAAGGUACUUUAUUAACAUAGCAUCACCAGCCAGUAACAGCGAACACUAAAAAACGUCCACUUUUAAUCUGUUAUAUUAAAUAAUGAAUCUACUUUACUACAGAAGUCGCGGCCUAGAAUGAAUGUAACACAAUAGUAUCUCUGAAUACAGCCAUGAACACAUGCCAACUAAUAGUCAGUGGGGUCCUCUGUUCUUAUUGUUAAAGCCGCAACAAAUUGAUACAAUGCGAUAAUAACUCUGGAACUAUGAGUACAAUGUGCAUUUGACCAAGUGUUAAUCGAACUAAAUAUAUUUUACCCACAUAGAUCUAGAAGCUCCAAACUUUGUCCACAAAAUACAAACGCUUAAAAUAUUAAUUCCCUAUAAAUCUCGUUGAUCGGUAAAUAUUUUUUUUAUUUGAAUGCACAUCAAAGAAAUGAAACAGAAGAACUCCUUUGGAUAUUUCUCCUCCAAUGCUUAAUUUCCUUCAAAACAUUAAAUAAAGAGAGGUGUCAGAUAAUUAGAAUAAAUGCAUAACAUAUAUUAAAAUUUGUACAAGCUUGU